UCCUCUCCGCUUUCUGCCCACUUGGCUCAGAGGACGCGUGCGUGUACUUUGUGGUUCGCCGUGUCUCUGUGGCGCAGGACGGGACGGUCACCAAACCUUCAGGGACGAGCUUUUUCCCGUCUCAUAGCCUUCUCUGUCAGACAGAAACCUGUUCAGAACCGGGACCUUUACAAGCUACUAUAAACAGUCAUUUCCUCCACUUCCAUCAAAGACAGUGCCCCAGGAGUCCGGCUUUACUUCUCUCACUGAUGCCGGCUGAACAGGCUGUUCUGUGAGCGCUAAUUAAUUUGGGAAUAUUAGGCGCCGUACUUGUAUUGAUUUGACAUCGGACACAAGUCGGAUCAAGAAGAUGGGGAUCCAAGUGUAGUGCUGUCAGGAAUGCCCCAGACUGUGUGCUCAGGCACCAUGUUUACCACUCCCAGUGGCUUCAGCCCUCAUCUGGCCUGUGCUGAGCCUGGGGAGGAGGAGGAGGAGGCCCCACAGGAAGGCCCGGGGCCUGGGGCUUGUCUGGUUGAUGGGCCCCCGAUCACCUCUGCCUCCCUGGACACCCUGAUCCAUAACCUGGUGCCCACUGCUGAUUACUACCCUGAGAAAGCCUAUGUAUUUACCUUCUUGCUGAGCGCUCGUCUGUUCAUCCCUCCUCCGGAGCUGCUGGCCAGGGUGUGUGAACUGUGCAUCAAACAGCAGCAGCUGGAUCAAAGCCCACUGGACACGGCAAAAGUGCGCAAAUUUGGUCCCAAGAUCCUGCAGCUGCUGACAGAAUGGACAGAAACAUUCCCAUCUGACUUCAGGGAUGAGAAGAUGGUCGGACACCUUAAAGACAUCAUCCAUAGGAUAGCCCCAUGUGAUGAGGCAUACUGGAAAACCCUGAACCAGAUGCUACAGAAGCUUAGCCAGAGGCUGGCCCUGAUGAGCCAAGGGGAAGAGAGCAUUGUCAAGGUCUCCCUCAAUGCUUCCUCCAUCUCUGACAAGCUGGCGGCCUUUAAGACCAAGCCUCCGCCCAUCCAGAAGGACAUUCUCUCCAUCUGCAACGACCCCUACACACUGGCACAGCAGCUCACCCACGUGGAGCUGGUACAUUUGAGUCAUAUUGGGCCAGAAGAGUUUGUCCAAGCCUUUGUUCAGAAAGACCCACUAGAUGGGACACAGGAGCCAUGUUUUAGUGACCAGAAGAAGAAGACCUCCAACCUGGAAGCUUAUGUCAGGUGGUUCAACAGAUUGUGCUACCUGGUAGCAACAGAGAUUUGCAUGCCAGCGAAGAAGAAGCAGAGGGCUCAGGUUAUAGAGUUUUUCAUCGAUGUGGCCAGGGAGUGUUUCAACAUUGGAAACUUCAACUCCCUCAUGGCCAUCAUCUCUGGUAUGAAUAUGAGUCCUGUGUCACGACUGAAGAAGACCUGGAGCAAAGCUAAGACUGCCAAAUUCUUCAUUCUUGAGCAUCAGAUGGAUCCUACAGGAAAUUUUUACAACUAUAGGACCGCCCUGAGGGGGGCUGCCCAUCGCUCUCAGACUGCCAACAGCAACAGAGAAAAGAUUGUGAUUCCGUUCUUUAGCCUGCUGAUAAAAGACAUUUAUUUCCUGAAUGAAGGCUGUGCCAAUCGCCUACCCAACGGCCACGUCAACUUUGAGAAAUUUGUGGAAUUGGCCCGGCAGGUUGGAGAAUUCAUGACGUGGAAACAGGUGGAGUGUCCAUUUGAGGAAGAUCAGGCCAUCCUACACUACCUCCACACUGCCCCCAUCUUUAGUGAGGAUGGUCUCUAUCUUGCAUCCUAUGAAAGUGAGAGCCCAGAGAACCAGGUAGAGAAGGACCGAUGGAAAGCGCUCAGGUCUAAUGUCCUGGGCAAGACAUGAAGCUCUGACAACAACUAACCCUCCCACCAACGAGGGAGCGUGUGUUCUCUUUGCACUAAACUGAACUGUGAAGGAACCUGAAGCCGGUACUUAAGUGUUUUUCUAUAAAAAAAAAAUAAAUAAAUGUGUAAGGAAAAACUGGAACAAAAAGAAAAUAAACAAGAAUCACGAUGAACAGGAUUCAUCAAAGAGUGUGAACAGAAUCGGAAAAGUAAAGAAAACAGGAUGGUGGUAUCAGUGAAGAACGGUAUGUUGGAGUGGGACACGGCUUCUCCAUCCCCCUCCCCUUCAUGUGUGUUUACUCUGUGAAGAUGUUUACUAUUUUAGAAAGUACAGUUACAGGGAAAACCACUUUAUAGUAUGAAACUCCUACUGAUGCUGUUUGAUGUAUGGUCUCCUUUUCUCUCUCUUUCUCUUUGACCUCGCAUCCAAAGCCUUGCAGGCGUUAAUUGUAAAGUACUGUAAUGAAACAAAGUGAUGUGAAGGGCGCUGGCUAGCCCUUAUCAGUCGUCAAAUUUCAUAAGUCUACUGAAGGAACGGCAACCGUGUGUGUGUGUAGGAAGACACAUACCUGUGUGUGUAUGUGUGUGUGCGUGCGUGUGCGAGAGAGAUGCAUCUGUUCAUUAUUUUCUCUAACUUAUGUUGCAGUAAUAGAACAUGCUCAUAGUUUUAUCUCUAUUUGUGUUAUUUAUUGUAUUUUAUUUUAGGGAAAGAACUAGGUGAGGAAUAUGAACUGUUUUAAUGUAUUUGCUCUUUUUAUGUAUUGUGCCAUUAAUCCAAGACAACUACAGUAACAGGAUUUAGGUCAGGUGUAGAUUGUGUACAGGUUAUAUUUACCCCUCUUCUUUCUGCUCUUCAGGAAGUUUUCUCUGACUGAUGUUCAGUUGUCUGAUAUAUUUAUGGAGAUUUCUGUGUUGACAGAUGUAAAGUUUUUAUUGUAAUUUUCUUUUACUGAAUAUGAAGUCGAAAGGCAUGCUACGACAGGUGUUUUUAAAUGGGCAUUAAUGCAUCCACCUUGUAAUGACGACUACUGCAACUCAAGCUUUGUAGAGAUGAUGCACUUCUGCGUUUUGUGGAAGGACAAUGGGGACUUUGUGACUUCCGUCUUGCUGUGAAGGUAAGAGGAAAACGUGUGCCAUAUACUGUAAGUCAUUAGUUGUCAUUACAAUUCAGGUUUCUUUGACUUGAAAUGUGUUGUUUAGUUGUCUUGUGAAACUGUCAAGAGUUUAGUUGUGAUUGAGGUAAAGGGGGGGAGCAAAGGGAAAUAUGUAACUAUAAGUUUCUUUAACAUAUUCAGUUUGCUAUUAUUGAUUGAUGUCAGUGUUUUCUCUUAAAUAAGCACAUUUCCCUCUGUGGCAGACCUGACUUUGAGCCUCCCUUGUCAUCAGUAAACUUGCUUUUGCCAUAACUCAUUCCUCAGAUAAGACUAUAGAGAGACAGACGUGAUGUCAAAUCUGCCGUUUCGCGAUGAAGACGUGUUUUAAUAAAACAUUGCUUGUGCUGAUGAACGUGUUCUUAAUGACAAUCACCUACAUACUAUCUGUUCUGCUCUUUAAGUAUUAUCUACCUGCCAAGUUCAUUUUAGAUUUUUCUUUUUUAUGUGUAACAUACAUAGCAGUGUGCAGUUAAAGGAGUGGUGCAUACAGUUUUAGUUGUGGGUAUUGGAGCCAAGCAGACACACCGUUGGCUUUGACAUCGCUGCAGUAUUUGUGACUGGUUCCUAAAAAGCCUUUAUUAAAACUAAACCAUGCCUACUGCU